AUGCCGUCAUCUAGCACCCCAACGGAGGGCGCCCCCCUCGCCGAUUACUUCUGGAUAGCAGGUGUAGACGGCACCGAGAUCCUGGACACAUUCAAGAGAUUGGGAGAAGACUACCGCACCAAUGGCGCCGCCUCUCCAGGCCCAGCGGUCGCAGACACAAUUCAAGAGGACGCCGAUGCAGAGGAGGAAUUCAAUCCGGACGCCUCGCGACCCAACUCGAUGCUCUUCACCGGCGCCAGUCGCCGCGGCUCAUUCCAGCGCCUGUCGACGCUCUCCAAAUCCUCCGAGGGAACCAAUGGCAAAGGGAACGGCAGCAACAGCAACCGCAGCAGUGUCACCGUCAAGGGUGCCUCGUCGCCCCUGCGCGGCUCGGCUAUGUUCAUGGAGGACUUUGAUUUCGACCAGGCGCUGUUCAAGUUUGCGAAUGAGCGGGAGUCGUUCUUGACGGACUUGAGUCUGAGUGCCGGUGCGAUUACGCCGAAAACACGCCCGCGAUCCCGCGUUCGGACGCAGAAGAUUGUUGCAGAGGAUUCACCGUCGCAGGGUGGGAAUCUGUUGAGAUCUGGUAUUGGAAGUGUCAGACGACACAUGUCCUUCCGCGAUAUGAACAGUAUGAAGCGGCAACCGUCUGUCGCUCGUCAAGCUUCGGUGCGAACCUCUCGACGACUGAGUAACUACAAUUCUGUCAUUCCAGUACCACAGCCGCUGGAGAUCUCCCCGACGAUGCAUCCGUUAAAGCGACGAUUCGAGCCCGUUCUCCUCGACCGAUACCCCACACGUGAAAUGCCUGAUGAAUUGAAGCAGCGCGGCAAUUUCCCGGAUUACGUUCCCAUGUUUGCCUUUCCCAAUGAUAUCAAUAUCGUCUCCUCUGACCAGCGACCACGUUCUACUUGGCACGGAUUUGCCAUGACAACGGAUAAUGGUUCCAGGCUGCAUGCUAUCUGUGUAAUUAUCUGGAUUCCGCUGAACCAGAGCGCAGCAGAAGAGCUCGAGAAGCGUUGCGAGGAAUGGAGGAAGGAUAAUAUGACCGACGAGGAGCGGGAACUGGCCGCCAGUCUGGGCGAGCGAUUAGCAUCCGAGCGAGCCAAACUCUCCCGCCUGUUAGCACAGCUACCGACAGUACCAUCUGGUUCUGAAUCCCGUGAACAAUUAGAGGACGAUAUCAGUGCCGUGGAAGAGAAGAUCGGACUGAUGACCGAUCUUUUGCGCCCCGUUCGUCACGGUGCAGCCUCCAAGAUCGAGGGUCUUACCGACGGUGACACUGGAUUCUGGAUUCCCCGCGCAUACGGUAUUCUGGGCCGGGAGAGCACCAUGACUAGCUUCUGGAAGGAGUGGCUGAAGGCUAUUGUGGUGCCCAUGACCGAGGGAGGUGUACAGCGUGUGCCUCCCCCUUCUCCGCGAAUGGGUGUGUGGCAGCCACUAGAGCGAUAUGUCAUGAAUCUCUGCACUGAGGCGUUCUGUCCAAUCUCUUCGAAGACGCAGGUUGAACUGGCCAUUAGGGAGUUAAGGUUGUUUGCCCGCAAAGAGGCGCCCAAUGAGAUUCCAGGAUCCCGCAACACUGAUCUAUAUGCCUUGUUCCGGACGUUGUCCAUUCCCAAUAUCAUGGUUCUCUUCGAGUACGCUCUUACCGAUUCUCGCAUUAUCUUCUUGUCCUCCCACACUUCCAUGCUUUACCUUGCCACCAGGGCCUUGGUAGACCUUCUCUUCCCUAUCGUCUGGACCGGUGUUCUAAUUCCUGUGCUCCCUGCUCGUUUGAUCCUGGCCCUGGAGGCCCCUUGCCCGUACAUUGUGGGUAUCGAACGUCGGUACGAGAAGGUGGAGCUGCCUUCGGACGACUUCGUUUUAGUAGAUCUUGAUUCCGACAUGAUUGAGAGCACCGUUCAGCCAACUGCUCUUCCCCGUCACCAACGCAGAAAGCUUCUGUCCUUGCUACAAUUGGCUGCUCCUCAACACAGUCGAUGCCACGUCCCUACUGGACCUCCGGCAUAUGCAAUUGAAACGUACCCAUGGGACUCGUACCUGUCCGAGAGCAAGGCGACUUAUCAAUCCAAGGCACCGGCCACCAACUUGGCCAAGUAUGUCGGUCUCAACUCCAGCGCGUUCGGCUCGACAGCUGUUGUUCCGGGCACAUACUCGCCUCCCAUUUUCAACGUCUUCCUGCAUGCCCGCAAGCCAGUGCCUCUCCACCAUCACCGCGGGAAUGCUCGCCCACAUCUGGUCAUUUCCCUCCCCCUCCCCCCAACACCAUCCUCGCGCAAUGAUUCGGGUAUGGCUUUGCAGGCCUCUUUGCGUGAAAAGCGUUCCGGUCACUUUGACACCGCCUCCAGGCGAAGCUCGUCGUUCGGUGUGAGCCGACGCCCAAGUGCACCGUUCCUUGGUCACACCUCAAAUCUCUCAGUAACAACCCUCAACACUGAGUAUGGCAGUUCUGGUUCAACUUAUGCUCCCUCCGUCUACGCGCAAUCCACUAUCGCUGCAUCGACAAUUGUUCCUCAAGCCAACAUGCAACAACCUGACAACAAUCAGGGUACUUGCUGGGCCGAAGGUCACUUCUUCCAAGUCCAGCCCUGGGAUGAUAAGUUGACUUGUGCCAUCUGUGAUGACCAUGCAGAGGAAGGCAUGUACAAGUGCUCUGCUUGUAAACUCAUCGUCCACAACCGCUGUGCUUCCAUGGUAUGCCUGCCAUGUGAUGCAGCCUUCCAUCCUGAUCAGGUCCGUGCUGCCUUUGUCAGAUGCUUCGCCAGUUUGUUCUAUACGUACAAGAAGUUCCUCGUUCCGGCCUCUGGAGAAAAGAAGAAGUCUGGAAUGUACUAUGUGUUUAACAUGGAGGCUUUCAUGAAGAGUCUUCCUAGUGAGCAUGCUGAGUACAUUGCUAUUUUGCAGCAAACUCAAGGCUUCAACGAGUUCAUCAGUGAUCGAGAAAGAACUAGUCCCAAGUCCAAGGACCCACGGAUGGCACUGUUCGACGAGAUCGUUCUUUCCAAGCGCAACCGUGGCCGUACAUCUAUCUUCUCCGGCCGCUCGACAACCGACUUUUUAUCAGACACCUCUAACCAUCUAUGGCGCACUGCCAAUGCCACUUUCUUCGCUCCGACCAGCCGUAGCCAGCAAAGUCUCUCUGCCGAUUACAGUAGAGUUGUGACAAGAGCUCCGGCGAAAUUAGACACCAGCCUAAUGACAGAACCCCGCAUGAUCCACGGCGCACCACGGGUUUCCAAGACGGCGAAUACUGCCCGCCGAAAGCCCCUGCCCAAACUGAUGAAUGGCCUGGCGAUAUCUCCCCCGAGUUAA